AUGCAAGCUCCUCUUUCUAACUCCGCCGCUUGGAAAAGUUUAAUCACGUUCACGAUCCUUUUCCUAGCAUGGGUCUCAGGAUUUUCCAGCCGAUUAUUCGCCGUCAUUCGUUUUGAAAGUAUCAUCCAUGAAUUCGAUCCAUGGUUCAAUUAUCGAGCAACUGCUUAUAUGGUCGAACAUGGAUUCUACAAUUUCCUCAAUUGGUUCGACGAGCGGGCCUGGUAUCCUCUGGGACGAAUUGUCGGAGGCACAGUCUACCCUGGUUUGAUGAUUACCUCCGGUAGUAUUCACUACAUACUACACUCCUUAAACAUUCCUAUUCACAUUAGAGAUAUUUGUGUGUUUCUCGCACCUAUUUUUAGCGGUCUAACUGCAAUAUCUACUUAUUUAUUAACGAAAGAGCUUUGGUCAGCAGGUGCUGGCUUGUUUGCCUGUUGUUUUAUUGCUAUUGUUCCUGGUUAUAUAAGUCGUUCUGUCGCUGGAAGUUAUGAUAAUGAAGGCAUUGCCAUUUUUGCACUCCAGUUCACAUACUAUUUAUGGGUUAAAUCGGUUAAAUUAGGUUCAGUUUAUUGGGCUGCGCUCACUGCUCUCUCAUAUUUUUACAUGGUCUCAGCAUGGGGUGGUUACGUGUUCAUCACAAAUUUGAUACCUCUUCAUGUGUUCUUCCUACUUGUCAUGGGACGGUAUUCAAAUCGCCUUUUGGUCAGCUACUCCGUGUUCUACAUACUUGGCUUGAUCUUCAGUAUGCAGAUUCCGUUUGUUGGUUUCCAGCCGAUCAGAACAAGUGAACACAUGGCUGCCCUAGGGGUGUUUGUUUUGCUGAUGGCAGUAGCAGGUCUAAAAUACUUCCAAAGUGUCCUCUCAAAAUCAGAGUUCAAAUACUUUUUCAUAGCGUCCUCUCUAAUCGCUGCAGGAACAGUGUUUUUGUCCGUUGUCGUUCUCACCUAUGCCGGCUUCAUUGCUCCGUGGAGUGGAAGGUUUUAUUCACUGUGGGACACAACCUACGCUAAGAUUCACAUCCCAAUCAUUGCCUCUGUCUCAGAACAUCAGCCAACAACUUGGUUUUCGUUCUUCUUUGACCUUCAUAUCCUAAUCACAACAUUUCCUGUCGGACUUUGGUACUGCAUCAAGAAGAUCAAUGAUGAACGCGUUUUUGUCAUUCUUUAUGCUCUAACAGCUGUAUAUUUUGCUGGAGUAAUGGUUCGUCUCAUGCUUACACUGACGCCAGUUGUAUGUAUGCUAAGUGGAAUUGCUUUCUCAAGAAUCUUCGAACUGUAUCUUCGCGACGAGGAAGUUCCAUCAAACAACAAAAAUGAGAGCAAUGCUCAUCUCUAUGAUAAGGCUGGAAAACUGCGCAAAAUGAAACAUGAGCAAGAGAAGGAGUCCGAUGAAAUCGGAACAAAUGUUAGAGGCAUUGUUGUAAUCGUCACGCUCAUCUUGUUGAUGAUGUUUGCUAUGCAUUGCACUUGGGUAACAAGCAACGCCUACUCCAGUCCUAGUAUCGUUUUAGCCUCCUACAGUAGUGAUGGCUCAAGGUUGAUUCUGGAUGACUUCCGAGAAGCGUACCACUGGUUAUCCCAAAACACAGCCAACGAUGCAAGAAUAAUGAGUUGGUGGGAUUACGGCUAUCAGAUAGCUGGAAUGGCAAAUCGAACAACACUAGUGGAUAACAACACGUGGAAUAAUUCACAUAUUGCAUUGGUCGGUAAAGCAAUGUCAUCCACUGAGAUUGAAGCUUACAAAGUGAUGUUGUCGUUAGAUGUCGAUUACGUUCUUGUCAUUUUUGGAGGUGUCAUCGGAUACUCUGGUGACGACAUCAACAAAUUCCUGUGGAUGGUGAGGAUUGCUGAAGGUGAACAUCCCAAAGAAAUUAAGGAAAGUGAUUACUUCACAGAUCGUGGCGAAUUCCGAGUCGAUGAAGAGGGAUCUCCUGUGCUGUUGAACUGUCUCAUGUACAAAUUAAGCUAUUAUAGAUUUGGAGAGCUCAAGCUUGACUACAGGAGUCCAGCAGGUUACGAUCGGACAAGGAAUGUGGUGAUAGGAAAUAAAAACUUUGAUCUCACUUACCUAGACGAAGCAUACACAACGGAGCACUGGUUGGUCAGAAUCUAUAGAGUCAAAAAGCCCUCCGAUUUCAAUAGGCCAAGAUUGCCGCUUUCAAAUCGGAAGAUUAGAACAAAGAGCUACAUCACCAAAAAAGUAAACAAGCCGAAGAAAGAAAGGCUCAAUUCCAGGAAAACCUCCCGUCAUCAAGGGUAAAAAGCCUGUGAGAACAUAACGAAAUUUUGAAUCGUGUUUCUUACUUGAGUAAGACUACGGCAAUUACUAUAUUAUCUUCUACAGUUUUAUUUUUUCUUACUUUUUCCAUUUUUUCACGAAGGCAUCUUUCUUUUUUCACUUGUUUUCGUAUCGUUCAGACAACAAGAAUAUAAUUUGCAGGAGAAAUUGCUUUGAACACAAUCAGUCAUGUGGCGUGGAAAUGAGAUUUAAUCACGGUUCUUUUUGUGCAAUCUCGAUGUGAAGUGCAUUAUUAUGAUUUCGUUUUAAAGUUUCAAAACAUUUUCAUAUAUUGAGUAACUCAAAUUUGAUAUUGUAUUUUGAUCUCCUUCCAUUCCGCACUGCUAAUUCGCAUGACCUUAGCAACAGUAGGGCAUAGUGCAAUGCCGAAGCACCAGCAGCUAGAUAAGAUUAGUUUUCCACUGCAAAAAAGUUUUCUAAUGUCAAUUCUUUCAUGAUCAAAAUUUUUAAUCGAUAAGUUCUUCAGCUGGUGUUUGCGUAUUUAUCUGUGAACAGCUAGGGGUUUUCAGUAAGCUAUUGAAACAGCUCCGUUCAAAAGUAGACAAGACUCUGUUUCUGACAAAAGCGGCUUAACGAAGUGUAUCGUUUUUUAAAACGAGUAGUAACCGAUAGCUUAUCAAUAAGAAUUUGUUUAGACACCCCUACGAGCAGCUUUAACUUAAACUUGGCUAAAUACGACAAGUCAUUUCCCAAUGAGUUGAAAGUGGAGAAUUGAUGAAGGAACGGCCAACAUUCCUGGAUGUGUUUAAAUUAAGUCAUGUUUCAUAGUGAGUUUAAGGAAAAUCAAUCAAUCGUAGGAUUUGGAAUCGCUCAAUACCUCCUCAGGAUUUAGUUUAAACACAGGAAAGAAAUAUAUGUAUACUGACUGAAAAUCUGGCUGAAUCUUAAAAUUAUAGUUACUUAUUUGCAAGUUAAGGCAACAUUCUUUUUAUCAUCAAUUAAUUUUCAACAACGAUUCAAAUUUUCCACCGAGGUAAUCCUCUUCUUAAAAAUCAUAAUAUCAAACUUUUUGCCCAUGUUGGACCUCACUAUUGCAUUAUAUGAUGAGGAUUAUCAAUCUCAACCAUCAAACUUUAGUCUGCUCUCAAAAUAGCCUUUAGCUCUCUUUGUGAAUAAUAUUUUUAUUGCUUUAAUUAAAAAACAAAUCCGGUCAUUUAAUUUUGACAAGUACCAAAUUCUGGAAGUUAUGCUCAAGGUAUAAGAACGAUCUCCAGCUGUGCUCAAUGGGUCAGUGGCAUCCAUUUUUUUUUAAUUCAUUGUUUUAAUUAUGGAGUGAAUUAAGCUUUUAAGAAUUCUUCAGAUUUUUCUUAACCCUAAAUGGCCAAGAAAUCCCUUUUGGAAUCUGCCAAAAAUGGGACCCUUUUGAAAUUAUAUUUUAGACAAGCUCUAAUGUCGUAGACUUGCGGAAACUGAUCGGUUGAACUCAAUUUUAGGCAUCACCUAGCUACGUUAACUCGACUGUCAGCUUUUUAUUUGCCAGAUUUUUAUUAGCUUUUUCUCCCCUUUAUAAUACUUUUUUGAACUUUUUAAUGAACUUCAUGGUUAUAUCUCAAAAUUUUAUGUUAGAGAUUCAAAACACAACCUUGCAAAAAUUCCUCGCCGCUGCCCCAUUCAAUCAAACCUAAUUCCAUAUUAUGAAGAGCAUUAUAAUUAGAUACAUUUAUGGAAAUGGAGUCCAAUGACAUCAGAAUUUUGGUGAGAAGGCUUUUCAUUAGUUUUGGUCCGGUAACAUAUACUCAAUAAAGACUUGUACAGUAUAGGAAGACGACAAGAUGGCAACCAAGAAAUAAGAAGCAUGCAAAAACCUGCACUAAAAAUCAAUACCAGUUACAGAUUUUUAAUUAUUUUGCAGAUACAUUUUUUUGCUCCACGGAAUUUUAAAACUUCCGAGCUUUGCCCGAAACUGGACAGAUUCAACCAAAAUCAGUCUAACUGCAUCAAAUGUCGCCUGAUUUCUCUCUUGAUCCUAUUUUUUCCAUAGAAAUUUUAGGAACAUUUAGCCUCGAAAUAUUGUGCACUUUCUGUAUGUAUACAUAAUUAAAGAGAAAUUCACAAGAAGGUUUAAGGCAAAAUUUUUAGUUGAAAGCCAAAUGAAUGUAACUGACAAUUUUAGGAAAGUUAUAUUAUUUGCAUUCGGUCGUGAAUCAGGAAAUUCCAAGUGCUUCAAACAUUUUUAAAUUACAUGCAUUUUAGCAAAUGCAAAAGUUGAACGUCUAAUUCACUUCAUUCAUUAUGAUGGCAUAAAAUCAAGAGUGUCAAUUUGCUCGUGCAAAAGAUCAGGAAUUUCGUUCAAAAUAUCUGGAAAA